GCUAUAUAUGGUUGAACCCUAGUCUGUAAAACCUUAGAGAUUAAAUGUAAUAUCUAUACUAUAAUAUAAUAUAGUCUAAAAAAUAUACUAUAAGAAAAUAAGGCCAAUCAUCUACCCUUGGAUUAUGUUCGAAAGGAUUUAGCGGUACGUCUUAUUUCCUACAACAAUCCCGUCUAACCAGAAGAAGGAGGAUAAAGAGGAGAGCAAUCGCCGAAAGUUCUUCUCGGCGAUACUCGUCCAUCCUCAUAACUACCCACCUGGCUUGAUGCCACUCAAUGACGGAUGUCCAGAAUGGGCGAUUAAUAUAUACGGUGCUUAUUUAUGGGGUUGGCUGAAUGACAGUUGUCUUGUCGACGGCAAUUUCCGUGCCAACCCACGUCACAGCUUCGGAGUUUUGAGUCCGGCUAUGACAACGCUCUCCUCGAUCUGGCAAAUACUGAAGAUCUGAAAGGCCCUCCUUUUCAUUGACACUGUGUGUACUUACGAAGAUUGGAAAAUAAGGAGGACAUCUUGUACCGUGUGAAGCACGAAAUCUAUCACUGUAAUUUAUUGAUGG